AUGCGUUACUGCGUGGCCGCCCUGUGGCUGUCCGCACUGACCACCCUCGCGGUGGCGGCGGCUGACGACGCCCACCACGAGCCGGCGCCGGCACAGACUGACAACGAAAUAGAAUUAAGCGAAGAGGAAAAGCGCGCCUGGUCCAGUCUGCACGGCGGCUGGGGCAAGCGAGGCUGGCAGGAUAUGAGCUCCGCCUGGGGCAAGCGCGCGUGGCAGGACCUCAACUCAGCAUGGGGCAAACGGGGCUGGAAUGACAUGAGCUCAGCCUGGGGCAAGCGAGCAUGGCAAGACCUCAACUCCGCCUGGGGCAAACGUGCAUGGAGGGACAUGUCACAGUCUCCUUGGGGUAAACGCGGCUGGCAAGAUAUGAGCUCUGCCUGGGGUAAGCGAGGCUGGAAUGACAUGAGCUCUGCCUGGGGCAAGCGAGGCUGGAAUGACAUGAGCUCCGCCUGGGGCAAGCGAGGCUGGAAUGACAUGAGCUCCGCGUGGGGCAAGCGAGGCUGGAACGACAUGAGCUCUGCCUGGGGCAAGCGAGGACCUGAAAAGUGGGCCAACUUCCACGGAUCCUGGGGCAAGCGCACCGCGGAGCCAGACUACGAAGAGAUUGAUGCGGCUAUUGAACAACUGAUCCCCAUCCAACAGCUGUCGGACAGCGAGCGAAUGGAAGCGCCCGAGAAGAAGGCGUGGUCAGCACUGCACGGCGCGUGGGGCAAGCGACCUGUCAAGCAGGCCCAGUACAACAGCGGAUCGUAUUACUGGAAGCGAGAACCAGCCUGGACUAACCUAAGAGGCAUGUGGGGCAAGCGCUCGCCGCAGGUGGACGCGGACGCGGUAGACGAUGACCACGAGAGCAGUGCGCGGGACGAGGCCUAG